AAAGCCUCUGACUCACUCUGCUUCUCACUCCCUUCAGCUCGGUUUCUCCUGACGCGAGCAGCACCGGCACGAGUUUUGUCUCCAAGAUCUGGCUCUGGAAGCCUGCUGAGCUGCCAUCUCUCCCCAAGAAGAAUCAGUUGGUGCUUUAGGAAAAGAUCUCUCUUUAAAGACAAGAGUGGGGUCAGAUGCUGCGCUAGCCUGGAGCUCUGCGCUGGACAGUGGAUGACUUGGCUCUCUGGGACUAAGAUGUGGAGGCUUAUUGCCGUGGCCUGGCUGCUCCAAGGCCAUGCAGAUGCCAGGCUCAUCGGGCCCAAGGCCGUGGACCCCGAGGCUUUCAUGAACAUCAGCGAGAUCAUCCAGCACCAUGGCUACCCCUGGGAGGAGUAUGAGGUAGCCACAGAAGAUGGCUACAUCCUGACGGUCAACAGGAUUCCUUGGGGCAAAGACACUCAUGAGGACCCAGGGCCGAGGCCCAUCGUCUUACUGCAACAUGGUUUGCUUGGUGAUGCAAGCAACUGGAUCCUGAAUCUCCCCAACAACAGCCUGGGCUUCAUCCUGGCGGAUGCCGGAUAUGACGUGUGGAUGGGGAACAGCCGAGGAAACACCUGGUCUUGCAAGCACAAGACCCUCUCGGUCGAGCAAGAUGAGUUUUGGGCUUUCAGUUAUGAUGAGAUGGCUAGGUUUGACCUUCCAGCAGUGAUAAACUUUAUUUUGCAGAAAACGGGCCAGGAAAAAAUAUUUUAUGUCGGCUAUUCACAAGGAACCACAAUGGCCUUCAUAGCCUUUUCCACGAUGCCUGAGCUGGCCCAGAGAAUCAAAAUGUAUUUUGCUUUAGCUCCGAUCGCCUCCGUCAAGCACUCGAAAAGCCCUGGGACCAAAUUCUUGCUCCUGCCAGAGAUAAUGAUCAAGAGCGUGUUUGGCAAGAAGGAGUUUCUUCAUCAGCACAAGUUUCUCCGGCAGUUUUUCAUCCACUUCUGUGGCCAGAUCAUUCUGGACCAGCUCUGCAGCAACAUCAUCCUGUCCCUGGGAGGAUUCAACAUCAACAAUCUGAACAUGAGUCGAGCCAAUGUCUAUGUUGCCCAUACUCCGGCUGGAACAUCGGUACAGAACAUACUGCACUGGAGCCAGGCAAUGAAUUCUGGAGAGCUCCAAGGAUAUGAUUGGGGAAGUGAAACCAAAAAUCUAGAGAAAUGCAAUCAGCCAACCCCUAUGAGGUACCAGAUUAAAGACAUGACUGUCCCAAUAGCAAUGUGGUCUGGAGGCCAGGACUGGCUUGCGGAUCCUGAUGAUGUCAGCAUCUUGCUCCCUCAAAUGACCAAUCUUGUCUACCAUAAGAACAUCCCAGAAUGGGCUCACGCAGACUUCAUCUGGGGACUGGAUGCACCCCAGCAGUUGUACAAGGAGAUCAUCGAGAUGAUGAAGCAGAAAGAAAUGAGCCUUUCCCUGGAAAAUUCUGGGACGACCCCGAUGAUGAUGCUCUGACCUGGGGAAGCCCAGGUCCAUGGGAAACUACGGAUGGGAAUGGUGGGGGGAGGGAGCUAUAAGAAAAGAGAGGAAAGAGGACUUAGUCUAUCUACUUUCCUUGAUGAUUUUCUCAAUUUGAUACUCGAACUGACAUGAGCAUGGUUCUGGUGAUAAUAAAAUUAUGAUUCGGCUUGGGGGGAAAAUAUAGCAAUCCUUGAACUUUGUUAUAUUCACAUGCCUGAAAAAUGUGGAUGUUCAAAGUAGCCUGAGGGAAGAAUCAAACAAAACAACAAGUAGAUCAUGUGUGAGGAAGGCUGUGUUGUUGCCUCAAUUAUCCUGAUGUUUUAGGGUGAAAGUGUCUGGGGGGCCUGAACCAAGGGCAGAUAGGAACUGUUUAAAAAAUCUGUCUCUCUAGAAAAAUGAUCAUUCUUACUAAAUCUAUUCAUUGAAAAGAUCAGAUCAAGAGAAGCAAGUUCAGAGGUCAUCUCCUCAGGGAAUACUUAGGCUUCUGACCUCAAGAGGCCUCAGAGAUCAACCCAUACCUGAACGAGCCCCAUAUCACACCCAACCCAAUGGCCAUCUACCUCAAGGCAGAGAAUUCUCAGAAUCCUGAGGCAGCCUGUUCCAUUCUGGGAUAGCUCUGGAUGUCUGGUGGAUUUGGUAUCUAUGCCAACUUUGGGCAAAAAGGGCAGUUGGGGGCACAGAGAGCUGGACUUGGCAUCAGGAUGCUUCAUUGUCCUAAGUUCAAAUCUGGCCUCAGACAUUUACCAGCUGUAUGACCCUAGAAAAGUCCUUCACCCUAUUUGUCUCAGUUUCCUCUUGUAUAAAAUCAUAGGGUAUAAAAUAGGGUCAUAAAGGGUCAGACAUGACUGAAAAAACAAAACAAAACACUGAACAACAGUCCAAAUUUGUCUUUGCUGCUAUUCCUCCCUACUGUUCCUAUCCUGGUCUACUGGGGCCAUCCAGAACAGGCUGUUACAAUCUCCUCAUUUUAUAGAUGAAGAAACUGAGACCCAGGGAUAAUGUGAUUUGGCUCAAGACCCAAAUAUGGCUUCCCUGACUCCAUCUUUUCUGUUCUUACUUUGCAAUGAGGCUUAAGCUCUCAAGGAUGAUUGUUAAUACAAUAAGCAAAGCAGAUUAAUCAUUGGAGAUAGAAGCAACCUCUGAAAAUGGAACUGACAGUAAUGAUAAUCAUGCUUUAAAAAAGUAAAGUCAAUUUUUGAUUUGCAACUAGAUUGUAAAGCUCUGAAUACAAGGGUCUCCUGCCGCAGAUAUUUAACAGAUAUUUGUUUAUCUAACCCACAGAGAGGUCAUAUGGUAUAGGACAGAAGUUGUUGGAUACCUCAAGUUUAAACUCCAUAUCGAUGCUAGUUGUCUGGGGUUUCUGGAAAUUAGACAGCUCCCUAAGAUUGUCUCCUGAAGUUAAAGACCGGUCACGAUCUGUGUCAGCAAAGACUAUACAGUAACUUCCACAUGAACAAAGCGAAGAAUGGAAGCCAAUGGUCAAACCUCUCUCCUCUCUGGUCAAGUUUGGCACCGUUAUCCAGAAAUUUCAAGUGUAUGUGUGUGAGAGAGAGAGAGAGAGAGAGAGAGAGAGAGAUACAGAGACAAAGAGACAGAGAGAUGGGGAAGGGGCAGAAGAGAGAGAUAUGGUUGACAUUAUUCAGGUUAAAUAUAUCAUUUCUUUAUGUGGAACCAUCUGAAGAGGUGAAAUUACAAAGAUAUAUUAAAACAUGGAAGAUAAAAACCUUAUAAUUUUCUGAGAUUUUGUUCAAGGCGUAGAGACACAGGAAGUACAUUGGUAAGAGCCCUUGCUCUGAAGUCAGAGGAUCUAGAUUCAAAUUCCACCUCCCCUAGCUGCCUAUGUACACCAGACAUAUACUAAGAAUUGGACAUACAAAGAAAGACUAACAAUAAUAAUUGACUCUGCCUUUGAGGAAUGUCAAUAGGAACAAAGGGACCAUUCAGACAGUAUCCAGGGGAAACGAGAAAGGGAAAAGACUUCAGCUGUAAAGAUCUGGAAAGGACAGAGGGAGAAAGUGACCUAAGUAAAAUCCUGAAGGAAGAGAGUGAUGAGAAAGGAGGUGGAACCAGGAAUCCGGGAUGGCCCUGAGCCAAUGCCCAUGUGCCAGGAACAUCAGGACACAAACAGGAAGAUGCCAGACAGCCUCGUUUGGUUGAAAUCUAAAGUGCAAAAGGAGGGGGAACAUGAAAUCAACCUGAUUGGGGAUGAUAAAGCAACUGGUGGAGUGCCUUCCACAACACUAAAAACUUCCUAUUUAUCCAAGUACAAUCAGGAGUCAACAGAUAGUUUGAGUAGGAAAGAAGGUCAGACCUGGAGACCACUUUUGACAGUUGCCUCACUCUCCCUUCCAGCCACACUGGACUUCUCACUCUUAGCUACGCUGAUCCUGUCAAUUCUCCCCUUUGUACAGGCUCCUCCACCUCCUAGCACCCCUCGUUUCCUUGGCAGCUUCCAUGUAUCUCCCACAGGACACUUUCCCUAUAGCUUUAAUAAUCACUACUCUCUCCCUAAUUGUCAGGUAUAUACUUGUCUGUCUUAUCUACCUCAGCCCGCCCCAAUAGAAUUCAAACUCCUUGGAUCAGGGACAGAUUUUCUUGUUUUUUUUAGCCUUGGUAAUUGAGCAGGAACUUCAGAUAUUAUAGUGCUUGGAUUGGAGUCAAGGAAAGCCAUUACAAGGACACUGGUACUAGGGAGAGGUGAUGGAGGCCAGCCCCAGGAUGGUAGCUCCAAGCACAGGGCUGGGAAGAGCAUAGUAGAGGGAGAAUGGUUAGAACUUGGCAGCCGCCUGAAUGGGGGGUGGUGUGAAAGGAGCACAGGUGGUUCCUGGAAAGCUGGGAGAGUCUGGAGAUGGUGGGUUUUGCUCCAGUUCCACCAUAAAAAAAUAAGAACCCAGUGGCUUCUUGUGAACAUGGAGCCCAACAGUGGAGUUAGUUUGUGACAGAUCAUUGUGAGCGGGUCAAAAUCAGUCAGCCACUUGUUUCACACAUCUCAAUUUAUUUCAUUAAAAAAUGCUGUCCAGCAUUUACACUCAGAACUUCCAAGAUGACAAAGUAAUAAAUUAAGUGAACUGUGGGAAUCUGGGAAUCUGGGAACCGCACAUCAAUCGGCUAAGAGGAGGAUGCGUCUCUGUGACUCCCACAGAAGUCCUCCAGGGACUGCCAGUUGCCAUGGCAACAUCAUCAUCUAACAAAGAACUAGCAGUUAGAGCUGGAAGAGGCCUGUGAGAACUUCUUGUCCUAUCCUCUCUUUUAUUUUUUAUUUUUUGCUGAUGCCAUUGGGGUCAAAUGACUUGCCCAGGGUCAAACAGCUAGGAA